AGUAGAAGCAGAACUGACUUAUACUGGCAGGAAGCUGUAACUCCUAGAGUUUUCUCAGGAUCUGUGAAGUAAAACAGAACUCUUAUUUCUCUGCAUCCCGUGUUUCAUGCAACUUUUGCAAUAUCCAUUCAUUUAUGCCUAGAAGGCCCUGAAGUUACACAGGGUAUUUCUGAUUUGUUUUGUCUUAUGUGGAAUAUUAACUCUAAAACGAAACCCAGAAGUUUAACAUACAUCAAAUUCUAGAAAGAGCAUCCUCCUAAAUUGAAUAUCAAAGCUUCUUUUUAUCUCAUGUUUGGAGGAAUUAAAUCUCCAAAACCAUAGAAAAGAUUGAUCGGAAGAACGGUUCAGCAUGAAUUCCUCUGUAUUGCUGCGUCUCAUGGUGAUGCUGGCUCAACUUUGGCCUUGCUCUCCCAGCACGCAGAGCUCCAGAACUCAAAAGACAGUUCAAUCUUUCACAGCAGUUCGAAGAGUGAAACGUGGCUGGCUGUGGGAGCCCCUCUUUGCAACUGAGGAACAGAUUUCACCGAAUCCUGUGUAUAUUGGGCAGCUGAAAUCAGAUUUAGACAAGCAGGAUGGCAACUUAAAAUACAUUUUGACUGGGGAGGGAGCUGAAAGCUUUUUUAUCAUGAAUGAAUAUAAUGGCAAAAUUUAUGUAACUCAAAAGCUGGACCGAGAAAAGAAAUCUUUCUACAUUCUAAGAGCACAAGCAAUUAACAGGAGCACUCAUCUUCCUGUUGAGCCUGAAUCAGAAUUUAUCAUCAAGGUUCGAGAUGUCAAUGACAAUGAACCUCAGUUCUUGGAUGGACCUUAUGUGGCCACUGUUCCAGAGAUGUCACCUGAAGGUACUUCUGUUACACAGGUAACAGCUACAGAUGCCGAUGAUCCUUCUUAUGGGAAUAGUGCUCGUCUGCUUUACAGUCUCAUUCAGGGACAGCCUUAUUUCUCUGUGGAGCCGAAGACAGGGGUCAUUAGAAUGGCUUCCCAAAUGGACAGGGAAACAAAAGAUCAGUAUUUGGUCAUCAUUCAAGCCAAAGAUAUGGUUGGGCAACCAGGAGCACUUUCUGCAACAGCCACUGUUACCAUCAACCUCUCCGACGUCAAUGACAAUCCACCUAAAUUUCAACAGCGGCUCUACUACAUGAGUGUCUCUGAAGAGGCUCCCGUUGGCACCACCGUCGGCAGAGUCUUCGCAGAGGACAGUGACACCGGGGACAAUGCAGCCAUGGACUAUUCCAUUGAAGCAGAUAGCUCAGAUGCUUUUAACAUCAUUACUGACAAUGAGACUCAAGAAGGAAUUAUCUUACUAAAAAGGAGAGUGGAUUAUGAGAGCAAAAGGAGACACAGUAUUGAAGUAAAAGCUGUAAACAGAUACAUUGAUGAGCGUUUUUUGAAAGAAGGACCAUUUGAAGACACAACCAUUGUCAAAAUCAGUGUGGAAGAUGCUGAUGAACCUCCAGUUUUCACCUUAGAGAACUAUAUGAUGGAGAUCACUGAAGGAGCUGAGAGUGGUUCACUGGUGGGGGUCGUAACAGCUAGAGAUCCAGAUGUUGACAACAGUCCAAUCAGGUACUCUAUUGUCCACAGCACACUUUUAAAGAGACUGUUCAGCAUCAAUGAACACAAUGGAGCAAUCAUUACCACUGAACCUCUGGACCGAGAGAUAGCUUCUUGGCACAAUAUAACUGUUACAGCCACAGAAACAAGAAAUCCUGAAAAAAUUUCAGAAGCAAAUGUGUAUGUCCAAGUUCUCGAUGUUAAUGAUAAUGCACCAGAAUUCCCUAAAGAUUAUGAAACAUUUGUUUGUGAAAAUGCAGUUUCUGGACAGCUAAUUCAAAGCAUCAGUGCAGUGGAUCAAGAUGACUCAACAGAAGGUCACCAUUUUAAUUUCUCAUUGGCUCAGGAGGAUGCAAACAGCUCACAUUUUACUGUCAAAGACAAUCAAGAUAACACAGCUGGAAUUUUCACAGCAAAAAGUGGCUUCAGGAGGCAAGAGCAGUUUUUUUUCUACUUGCCAAUCUUAAUUCAGGAUAAUGGAACCCCACCUCUGACAAGCACAAAUACUCUCACUGUCACUGUCUGCGACUGUGACACUGAAGUCAACAUCUUCUACUGUCGAUAUGGAGCUUUCAUGUAUUCCUUGGGUCUCAGCACAGAGGCUUUGGUUGCUGUUUUGGCUUGCAUAUUAAUAUUCCUGGUGUUCUUUUUGGCAAUUGUCACCAUAAGGCAGCAGCAGAAGAAGAAGCCUCCCUUUUCAGAGAAGAUGGAAGAAUUCAGAGAGAACAUUGUCAGUUACGAUGACGAAGGCGGGGGCGAGGAGGACACGGAAGCCUUUGACAUUUCAGCACUGAGGACACGCACUGCCGUGAGAACGCACAGGCCUCGGAAGAAGGUGGCCUCUGAAAUCCAGAGCCUCUACAGACAGUCUCUGCAGGUUGGCCCAGACAGUGCAAUCUUCAGGCAAUUCAUUUCAGAAAAGCUCGAAGAAGCAAAUACAGAUCCUAGCGUUCCUCCCUAUGACUCACUUCAGACCUAUGCGUUUGAGGGGACUGGCUCCUUGGCGGGAUCCCUCAGCUCCUUGGGUUCAACCUCUUCAGACAUGGAUCAGAGCUAUGAGCACCUUGCAGACUGGGGACCUCACUUUAAACAGCUUGCAGGCAUGUACUCUUCCCACACAACUGUGGGGGAUUAAGCACUCUUUGAAUUGUUCUUUUGUUUUCCUAAGUCUCAGCAACCAAAUACAACUGCAGAUUUUUCAAAAAGAGAUCAUCACACAUUAAAAUAUGAGAAAUAAGAGCCCAAGGGUUUUAAUAUGGAAAGUUUUGGAUGUGGAAACCUCUUGACAGGAUAAAACAUACAAGGGAUUUUGCCACAUGAAGGGAUGGAGGUUAUAGUUUGCAAAUCUUAUGGUUAUCUUAGUGCUUAAUACAAACUAUGCUGCUUUGGAUAUCUAGAGCCUCUUCUGGAUACUGAAAAUCUGGAUCUUGCUUGUACAAAAGGAGGAGUAGAAGCCAUAAAUGGAUGUUGCAAACAUACUGUCAUCCAUAAGCUUUAAAUGGUUUCCAAAGUUGACAGACUUGCUGUUGCAGUUGAAUACAUACAUUAACCAAAGUUAAACACGCAUAUUUGUAUAAUGCUUCAUUAUAUAAAUAUAAUUGUGUGAAAAAGUAGACCCUAGAUAUUCUAAUAUUGUUGUCAGAAGUGCUCACAAAAUCACCUAUUUAUUGUUCUUAGGAUGAUAAAACUAAAACAAAUGUCUUUUCCUAUCAGUAUAAAAAUAAAAACCCAUUACAACAUCAGCAAGUAUUUGCUGCCAUUUUAGUUUUUAAUGAAACUAUUGGAAAAUGUGUAAACCAAUAUUUAAUUUGGCAAAUAAGAUAGGAAAAA